AUGGAGGUGCUGAUUGGUCGGGUCGUCUACGGAAUGGACGCGUGGGAAUUGGCGACGAUCCUUCAUAGCCAAGGAAUUGGUGGUUAUGGCUGUGCGGCUCAGCUACUGUCUGGUGGGUGUUUACUAGUCGGGGGUUUGAGUGGUGAUGCACUUGCGUAUCCUUGCUCUUUCGAGAAGAUAAUGGAAGUAAGUUUAGCUUUGAGGUGCAUUUUGAUCUAUUUAUGUAAUCCACCUGCAGGUUCUACUCCUGUCAUGCAGUAG